AGACGCGCUAACCAAUUGCGCCACUGAGACAACCUUAUAACCGCCGCGCGCAGCAUCAUCUAUACAUGCUAUGCUGUCUCAUUUCCUCUCUACUGCCAAGAUCGCCGUUGCUCAACUCCGCCUUCCACUACCGGUACGCGCGCGCUUGCUCUCUCCUGGAAGUUAGCACAUGGUCUUUGGUGGUAAUUUCAGGUACACCGGGCCAGAGCAACAAUGUAUUGGAACUCAGCCAGGAGGAAAGUUUUCCUCUGCACAUCCUUCCUUAUUUUCGCUACUUUUAUUGGGAAGUCGAAUGCCUCCUUGGGUGACCAUCUCCCCGAUUUCAAAGAAUGUGUUAAGGUCUGUCAAGCUGAGAACUGUCAAGAUGGAAGUUCUGCAAUCCCGCUCCAUCACCGCCUUAUGUGGUGGACCUGUCCUGCCGAAUGCGAUUAUACUUGCCAACAUGUUGUGACAGAUCGUCGGGUCGCUCGUGACCCCCCGAUGCUCAAUCCAGUAGUUCAAUUCCAUGGGAAAUGGCCAUUUCGCAGGAUUAUGGGCAUGCAGGAGCCUUUCUCGGUCCUCUUCUCCCUUCUCAACUUUUUCGCCCACUGGCAGGGCUUAUCCCGGGUUCGUGAGACCAUGUCGACGUGGCAUACGACUCUACGGGCUUACUAUCUUGCCUUCGGAUACUGCGGCCUCGCAUGCUGGACGUUCAGCAGUCUUUUCCAUGCCAGGGAUUUCCCUCUGACGGAGAAGCUGGAUUAUUUUGGCGCGGGCGCAAAUGUCAUGUACGGCUUGUACCUGGCGAUCAUUAGGAUAUUCCGUUUGGACAAGGAAGAGCCACGAACUAAGCCGACAUUGCGACGUCUCUGGACUGCGGUCUGUAUCUUCCUGUACACCUUGCAUGUGUCCUAUCUUAGCUUCUGGUCCUGGGAUUAUACCUACAAUAUGAUCGCGAACAUCGUAGUCGGAAUGACUCAGAACUUGUUGUGGGUGGCAUUCAGCAUUUUCAGAUACCGGAGCACCGGCAAAACAUGGACGCUCUUGCCGGCUAUAUGUGUGGUUUGGAUCAUGUUAGCCAUGAGCCUUGAGUUGCUGGACUUUCCUCCGUGGCAUGCGCUUAUCGAUGCUCAUAGCCUCUGGCAUCUGGGAACGGUUGUCCCCACUGCACUGUGGUAUAUGUUCCUUGAAAAAGACAUCGAAGACGAUGUGCGUGGGAAGAGAUUCAAAGCCUAGAGCAAGCUGAUCGAAGUCAUGUUAAAAAAAGCAGGAUUCUCAGCUGAGGGUGCUCUGCUUCUGACCCUGGUAUAGGAAAGUCAGUUGCUGUAUAGUAGGUCCAGGUGACCGACGAUCUAUGGAGUAUAAGAUGCAGGGAACAUGCCAAAACUGCGCAGAGAAUCCAUGUAUUCGAAGUAUAAAACAUAAUGUAUUUUAACUAUUUAUAUUUUUCUAUGCUCUGGUUCUUCAUUUCCAUUCUUUGGUUAGGUGUCCA